AUAGCACUCUUGCAUCAAAAUCUCAGAUGCCUAGACCUGUCUGUUUAUAAAUACCAAUUCAUGUCCAGGAAGAUAUUGGGUCCAUAAGCAUAGAAAAACAAAAUCAGCUCAAGCUUUUCUUCAUCUUCAUCGUCACUCCCAUCUUUCACUGACAAAUUCAUUUCAGUUCUUUUUUUUUCCUACAAGGCCAGAUGGGUAGUUUGGGUCACCAAUUGCACAUUUUCUUCUUCCCCUUCUUUGCUCAUGGCCACAUGAUACCAUCCGUGGACAUGGCCAAGCUUUUUGCUUCUCGAGGCAUAAAGACAACUAUCAUCACCACUCCUCUAAACGCGCCUCUCUUUUCGAAAACAAUCCAAAAAAACAAAGAGUUGGGUUUUGAUAUUAAUAUCUUAACCAUCAAAUUCCCUGCGGCAGAGGCAGGUUUUCCUGAAGGAUAUGAAAAUACAGAUGCGUUCAUUUUCAGCGAAAAUGCAAGGGAAAUGACCACAAAAUUUUUCAAGGCCACAACCUUGCUUCAAGCACCCUUUGAGAAGGUGCUACAAGAAUGCCACCCUGAUUGCAUUGUUGCUGAUAUGUUCUUUCCCUGGGCUACUGAUGCUGCUGCCAAAUUUGGAAUUCCAGGGCUAGUGUUUCAUGGCACUAGUAACUUUGCAUUAAGUGCUGCAGAAUGUGUGAGGCUUUAUGAGCCACACAAGAAAGUUUUAUCAGAUUCCGAACCUUUCGUGGUGCCUGAUCUUCCUGGUGAUAUAAAGUUGACAAAGAAGCAACUUCCAGAUUAUGUAAGAGAAAAUGUUGAAAAUGACUUUAGCAAGAUCUUGAAAGCAUCUAAAGAAGCAGAAUUGAGGAGCUUUGGUGUUGUUGUCAACAGCUUUUAUGAGCUUGAGCCAGCUUACGCUGAUUACUACAAGAAGGUCUUGGGCAGAAGGGCUUGGAAUGUAGGCCCGGUUUCACUAUGCAAUAGAGACAUUGAAGAUAAAGCAGGAAGAGGAAAAGAAACCUCAAUUGAUCACGAUGAGUGUUUGAAGUGGCUCGACUCAAAGAAACCAAAUUCAGUUGUUUAUAUUUGCUUUGGAAGCACGACCAACUUCAGUGACUCUCAGCUUAAGGAGAUUGCAGCAGGUCUCGAAGCUUCUGGUCAGCAGUUUAUCUGGGUAGUUAGAAGAAACAAAAAGGGUCAAGAAGACAAGGAAGAUUGGUUACCUGAAGGAUUUGAGGAAAGAAUGGAGGGCAUGGGACUAAUUAUCAGAGGAUGGGCACCCCAAGUUUUGAUUCUUGAUCAUGAAGCAAUAGGGGCAUUUGUGACUCAUUGUGGAUGGAACUCAACUCUUGAAGGCAUAACUGCAGGGAAACCAAUGGUUACAUGGCCAAUAUUUGCUGAGCAAUUCUAUAAUGAAAAGUUGGUGACUGAUGUUUUGAAAACUGGAGUUGGUGUUGGAGUUAAGGAAUGGCUUAGAGUGCAUGGAGAUCAUGUUAAAAGUGAAGCUGUAGAGAAGACAAUCACUCAAAUUAUGGUGGGUGAAGAGGCAGAGGAAAUGAGGAGCAGAGCAAAGAAGCUAGGAGAAACGGCCAGGAAGGCUGUCGAAGAAGGUGGAUCUUCUUACUCUGAUUUCAAUGCUUUGAUUGAAGAGCUGAGGUGGCGUCGCCCUUGAAACAAGGCAGACAAGAGUAAUGGUUUUGGCGAUUUACAGUAUUCAUCAUUUCCUUUAUAAUGGAUCUCAUUUACAAAUUAAUAAAGUUGCGAUUUUAAUUCUUUUUUUAAAAGAA